AUGCGAAGACACGAUCAAGCCGUCUUACCGGUGAUUGUAAUAGGUAAUGGCCCCGCUGGUUUGUCACUCUCCGCUUUCCUUUCUGGAAUCUUGCCUUACUACAAUCCGAACACUCCACAUCCUGAUCCAGCAGUGCACGAAAAACUCAUGGAAAAUCUCGAUAAAUCUCUCAUAGAUCAGGAUUUGGAAUGGUGCGAGUCGCUGGAAUCAUUGGGAACCUCAACUCGUCCCCUCUCCGUCCUCUAUGAUUCUCUGGUGCGACCGGGUGCGGAUCUAGGAGCGCAGAUAUCAUCGCGACUAGCAUGGCAGUCAGAUCACUCUAAACAUAUAGCGCAUCUAGUUCUAGGAGAGACUACAAUUGGUGGAAGUUGGAACACUUACGAUCCAGAAAUGUUGGCUGUUUCUUCUGCUUCCUGGCUCGAUUUGCCUGGUUUUUCCAUUUCGGACUGGCUUCAGGGAACACCACUAAUUCCGAGACUCCCAUCGGUUGCAAUCGCCCACUACAUGAAAUGCUAUGCAGACGAGCUAGGUCUUUCCAAGAAUAUUAUUCCUCACUCAAAAGUGACUUCAAUUCGUAAAACUGGAGACGUAUGGACUGUCUGUGGAUUGCGUGCAGAUUGCACAUGCUUUACCUACACUUCAAAACACCUUGUCCUUGCGUGUGGAAAGAUGAAACAAAAGCAACUUGAGCUUCCGACAGAAAAUCCCAUUCUGCCAAUAGUGUACGAUGCACCGGGUAUGAAGUCAUACAUGUUGAGUGACUGCACACUUGGAACGAGUGAGAAUAAUGCUCGAGUGGUUGUGGUAGGAGAUGGUAUUUCCUCGGCAGAUGCAAUCCGCUUAUGCCUUGAUCACGAAAUUCCAGUACUUCAUGUAAUGCGGAGGACAGAACGCCAACUUCGAAAUACAGUUUUCUCUCGUCUCUCGCCAUCACAAUACACUGAAUACCACAAGGUAUAUCGCCUGAUGAUUGGGAAAGAUGUCCAUCCUCUGUACGAGGGAAUCCUCGCAUCAACCGUUGUCGAUGUUGACGAGAAAUCUGUGCUAACUAUAAGCACUCCUAAAGGGAAUCGCUAUGAAAAAUCUUCAAUGCUAGUAGUAUGUAUUGGAAGAGUCAGCGACUUGGAGGGAAUUCUACAAGGAAAGUACACAUUCUCUGGAUACCAGUCAGAUCAGGAUCCAACGUUAUUCUGCGUCGGCUCAUUCGCCGGAGAUCACUUCGUUCGUUAUCUCGUUGGUGGAUGUCUCGAUGUUGCGAGAUCUAUCCAUGCUUUUUACAAAGACAACAAUAAUAAUGAUACUUGA